AUGGCCAGCAUAUCUGUUGAUCACAUAGAUGAGGAAUGUCCAAAGACCACAGGCAAAACCAAUUAUGACGUUAGUUUUUUCUCAUCCCCUUCAACAGUAACUAUCGCACAAAAGUUCAUUGCAGAAGUCAUUGGUACGUUUUUUGUGAUAUUUGCUGGCUGUGGAUCAGUUGUUGUGAACAAGAUUUAUGGGUCGGUCACAUUUCCAGGCAUAUGUGUGACAUGGGGUUUGAUUGUCAUGGUCAUGAUUUAUACUGUUGGUCAUAUCUCUGGAGCUCACUUUAAUCCGGCAGUCACUAUUACUUUCGCCAUCUUUCGCCGAUUCCCUUGUAAACAAGUUCCUCUAUACAUAGUAGCUCAACUAAUGGGAUCAAUUCUUGCUAGUGCUGCUUUGACUAUAGCGUUUCAUAUAACCCCUAAAACUUACUUUGGAACUGUACCGGUUGGAUCGAACGGCCAAUCCUUAUUUCUGGAAAUUGUGAUAUCCUUCCUCUUGAUGUUUGUUGUCUCCGGUGUUGGCACAGACAACAGAGCAACACCUGGAGUAGGAGGGUUUGCCAUUGGAAUGACCAUAUUAUUGAAUGUCUUCGUUGCGGGGCCAAUUUCAGGAGCUUCAAUGAACCCAGCUAGGAGCAUUGGGCCUGCUAUUGUAAGGCGUACCUAUACAGGAUUAUGGGUGUACGUUGUUGGGCCAAUUAUUGGAACAAUUGCCGGAGCACUUGCUUAUAAUCUAAUCAGAUUCACAGACAAGCCUCUUAAGGAGUUAGCUCGGAAUGGACUCUUCGUAAAGAUGUCAGCAAGCUGGUCACUAGUGGCCAUAUAA